AUGGCUCUCACUGGUGAGGAAGUUGCGAAGCACAAUUCGAAGGAUUCAUUAUGGGUUAUUAUCCAUGGAAAGGCAUACGAUGUGACCGAGUUCGCACCUGAACACCCUGGUGGAAUGGGCAUUAUCCUUAAGUAUGCGGGCAAAGAUGCCACCGAGACGUACGAGCCAAUCCACCCUCCGGACACCCUCGACAAAUAUCUCGACAAGUCCAAACACUUGGGCCCAGUGGACAUGGCUACUGUAGCAGAAGUAGCACAAGAAAUUGACCCCGACGAAGUGGCAAGACAGGACAGGAUAGCACACAUGCCCAGCCUGGAGCAAUGCUACAACAUGAUGGACUUUGAGGCCGUUGCCAGCCGAGUCAUGAAGAAGACUGCCUGGGCAUACUAUUCCAGUGGUGCGGAUGAUGAGAUUACAAUGCGCGAGAACCACUCCGCCUUCCACAAGAUCUGGUUCAGGCCACGCAUCCUCGUCGACGUCGAGAAGGUCGAUUUCUCCACCACGAUGCUCGGCACCAAGGUCGACAUCCCCUUCUACGUGACCGCCACCGCGCUCGGCAAACUAGGCCACCCAGAGGGCGAAGUAAUCUUCACCAAAGCCGCCAAAAAGCACAACGUCAUCCAGAUGAUCCCCACCCUCGCCUCCUGCUCCUUCGACCAGAUCGUCGACGCCGCCGAGGGCGACCAAGUCCAAUGGCUCCAGCUCUACGUCAACAAAGACCGCGCCAUCACCAAGAAGAUCAUCCAGCACGCCGAGGCGCGCGGCUGCAAGGGCCUCUUCAUCACCGUCGACGCCCCGCAACUCGGCCGUCGCGAGAAGGACAUGCGCAGCAAGUUCACCGAGCAAGGUUCCAACGUGCAGUCCACCAGCGGCGCGGUGACGGAUAACUCGCAGGGCGCCGCCCGCGCGAUCUCGUCGUUCAUCGACCCCUCGCUCAGCUGGAAGGAUAUCCCCUGGUUCCAGAGCGUGACUAAGAUGCCCAUCAUCCUCAAGGGCGUGCAGUGCGUCGAGGACGUCCUUCAAGCCGUCGAGGUUGGCGUCCAGGGUGUCGUCCUGUCGAACCACGGUGGUCGCCAACUCGAUUUCGCGAGAUCUGGAAUUGAGAUCCUGGCGGAGGUUAUGCCGAUCCUGCGCGAACGCGGACUCCAGGAUAAGAUUGAGAUUUACAUCGACGGCGGCGUGCGUCGCGCGACGGAUAUCAUCAAGGCGAUGUGCAUGGGUGCCAAGGGCGUGGGAGUCGGGAGGCCGUUCUUGUUCGCUAUGUCGGCGUAUGGAUUGGCCGGCGUGGAUAAGGCGAUGCAGUUGUUGAAGGAUGAGAUGGAGAUGAAUAUGAGGCUGAUUGGGUGCAGUAGCAUUGAUCAGCUCAACCCGUCACUGAUUGAUUCGCGGGCGCUGAACUCGCAUGCUACGUCUGUGCCGGGAGAUACGUUGAGUGUGUCUUCUUAUGAUCCGUUGGUCAGCCCGCAGAACAGGGUUAAGUCGAAGCUUUAG